CACCUGAGCCCAGGAUUUAUGACAAAGGGAGGGACAUGUUAGCAGUUAAAACCCUCUCUCUGCCUUCCCUGCUAAUCUCACUGGCAGGCUAUUGCUCUGUACCCACUGCUCUUCCUUUCUGUGCCCGCUGCUCGGUGCCCGCUGCUCCGCCAUGAGCCUUACGAUGAGGGGUGCGCCCUCUGAAACCCGGCCCGCCACGGCCGAGAUCCAGGCCAUCGCCGACAAGGUGAAGUCCCAGCUGGAGGAGAAGGAAAAGAAGAAGUACCCCACUUUCAAGGCCACGGAGUACAAGAGCCAAGUGGUCUCGGGGACUAACUACUUCAUCAAGGUUCAAGUUGCAGAUAAUGACUUCGUGCACCUUCGAGUGUUUGAAAGUCUCCCUCAGGAAAACAAGGCCUUGGCCUUGGACAGUUAUCAGACCAACAAGACCAAGCAUGAUGAGCUGGACUAUUUCUAGUUGUAGAUUUGAAGUGAACCUUCGCCACGUGGCUCUCUGUCAUGUGUUCAUGCACCUGUGUCAUUAAUCAACACCUCUCUAUGCUGUGCCACUUUCGCUGGAGGGGCUGCUCUGCACCAAUCUGGUGUCUCUGCCUCUGACUUUAACAGCGUGAUUUUCCUCCCAAUCAAUGAUCUUAACUAAAUUGCUUUCCAAGAGGGCUUAGAUGAUCCCUAAAUAAAUACAUUUUAAGUUUUUGCAAA